CUACUCCUACUACCUCACACACACUAGCUCUCUCCGUCACUCCAACUCGGUCCAAAUGUACGGCCUCCUCUCUCUCCUCCUCCUCCUCCUCCGCUUCUUCGCCGCCGCAGUCUCCGCCUCCUCCACCUCCUUCCCGGACCGUUUCACCUCCUCCUCUCUCCGGCGUCACAAAUCCCAAGAAUACUUCGAGCUCGGCCGUCCUCUGUCGUCCGAUCUCCUCCCCCCGUCCUGCUACCGCCGCGUCCUCACCCACUCCUUCGCCAACACCAUCAACGGCCCUCCCUUCUCCGCCCCAUACUCCCCUCCGCCGCCCUCCGAAUCCUCCGUUUGCUCCGCCCCAUGGUCCCACGUCGCCCUCGAGUUUCGCGCCAAAUGCAAAGGCGAGCAGUACGACCGCAUCGCCGGGAUCUGGCUCGGCGGCGUUGAGCUCCUCCGUACCAGCACCGCCGAGCCGACCGAGAAGGGAAUCUUCUGGAAGGUUCGCAAGGACAUCACUAAAUACUCCUCCGUCCUAGCUCGCUGCGAUCUCAACCUCACCAUGAUGCUCGAGAACGUCGUCGAUCGCGUCUUCACUGGCGUUUACCACGUCGAGGUUCAUUUCCUCUAUUACAAGGCAAACGUCGCCGUUUCGGAGCCUAGGGUUUCUUCGAUCCUUGCAGAUCAAACUUUCAACGGUCAAAAAUUGGGGAUCGUUGUUCCCGAGGAGCCUGCCGAUUUGAUAGUUCCGAUCUCCGACGACGGCGACAGAGGGUUUUGGUUCAGAAUCGACAGCGAAUCGGAUCUCCCUUCCAAGCAAAUCCAACUCCCUCGGAACACACGACGUGUCGUUCUUGAGCUCUACGUUUCGUUUCACGGCAACGACGAGUUCUGGUACUCGAAUCCGCCGAAUCUAUACAUCACGACGAACAAUCUUACCACCGGACGAGGAAAUGGAGCUUACAGAGAGAUUUUCGUGACGGUUGACGGCGAGUUGGUGGGAUCGGAGGUGCCGUUUCCGGUGGUCUUCACCGGCGGGAUCAAUCCGUUGUUUUGGGAACCGGUGGUGGCCAUCGGAGCUUUCAACCUUCCUUCUUACGAUUUCGAAUUGACGCCGUUUCUGGGGAAGCUUCUGGAUAAGAAGGCUCAUAGCUUUGGAAUUGGAGUGACCGAUGGAAUUUCAUAUUGGCUUGUUAAUGCCAACUUACACAUUUGGUUGGAUCAUAAAUCCAAGGCUGUGAAAGCUAAAUCAAACUCGUUUCCUUCGCCGGCGAUUGAAGUGAAGCGUAAUGCUCGGUUCAAAAAGCUUGACGGGUCGUUCAGGAUCAAGGCAAGGAGGAGGAGUGACUUUGUGGGGUGGGUUAAGUCGAGCUCAGGGAACUACACUACCACAUUCUCGCAGAAGUACAAGUUCAGCAGCUCGGUUAGUUUUGGGAAGAACGGGACGUACAAAUCGGUGAACCAGAAGGUCAAGGCUGAGAAGGAAGUGAGGGUUGUGAGUGAGACUGGUGUGGUGGUUCUUAGAACUAGGGUUAAGGGAAGGUACCCUAUUGAUGUUUUUACAGCUACUCUACCAGGUAAGAAGAAAGACACCUAUGUGCUCCUCACCAAUGUCACGCAUUUGGUGAAGGAGAGGAGCUGGCACGGGGGAUAUUUGAGCCGUGUUAACAACAUUCAAGAUUCAAGAGGGUGGAUGGAGGUCAGGGAUCAUUCUGUUCUUUCUGGAACAGCAGACACUCGGCAGAGUUUCGGUUACAAAGAUAACUUUGGCUGCUACUCGCGCACUAUUGGCGCUGUUGAUGGCAGCUUGAUCAGGGAUAAUUCCAGCUUUCAUUGCAUAUCUGCUGCAUGAUUCUGAUCUCCCUGCUCUUAGAUCCUUUCCCUAUUGCAAAAUUUCAAAACUUAAAAGCUAAUCCUAGCUAUCUAUUUGUGUUUCUUUCUAAUCUAGUCUGGCUUCCUAGCCACUUCAUCAGAUUGUAAUAAUGUAUAGCUCUGAGAACCUCAGGAACUCAUAUGCAUUUGUUAUUUGUAUUUUGUCUCAAGAAUCAAGAGUAAAAAUGAGAGAUUGUAAAAUAGA